AUGGCCCCGGCUGAGAAGAAGAAAGACCCAAGAGAUUGGCGCGGCCUCACCCCUCCUCUAGCGGAAUGGAUCCUCGACUUCGUCUCAAGUCAGGGCUUUCAACGGAUGACUCCGGUUCAAGCUGCCUGUGUACCGCAGUUCUUAGGAAAUAAGGACGUUGUCGUUGAGGCCGUAACAGGUAGCGGCAAGACGCUCGCUUUCCUCCUACCUCUCGUUCAGAAACUUGUACGCCUAGAAGAGCCGAUAAAACGCGGCCAUGUUUUCGCCAUUAUCGUGUCACCUACCCGCGAACUUGCCGUUCAAAUCCACUCCGUCCUCUCCAGCCUCGUCGCCUUCCAUGGCCCUUCGGCCGAGAUGACCCCCUACCUGAAAGACGACGACAGCAAGAGACCGGAUUCCACCGUACCCGUCAUCGUACCGCAGUUGCUCGUCGGCGGAACCACCACCACCCAGCAAGACCUCAGCUUCUUCGUCCGCCACGCCCCAAACGUGCUCGUCUCCACCCCCGGCCGUCUCGUCGAGCUCCUCGCCGCCCCGCAGGUCCGAUGCCCCCAUAACACCUUCGAGAUGCUCAUCCUCGACGAGGCCGACCGCAUCCUCGACAUGGGUUUCCGCCAAGACCUGCAGAAGAUCCUAUCGCGCCUCCCGAAACAGCGUCGCACCGGCCUCUUCAGCGCCUCCGUGUCCGAGGCCGUCUCCCAGAUCAUCACCGUCGGCCUGCGCAACCCCGUCAAGAUCGCCGUGCGCGUCAAGAGCCUCAGAGACGGCAACGUCAUUGAGGACCGCAAGAUCCCCGCCAGCUUACAAAUGUCCUACCUCGUCAUCCCCGCGAGCCAGAAGCUGCCCGCCCUUGCGCAACUCGUCGAAAAGCUCCAGCCCCGCCCGCAGCGCAGCAUCGUCUUCCUCUCCACCUGCGCCGCCGUCGACUACUUCCAGCACGUCCUCCCCAGCCUCCUCCCGUCCGGCUACAACCUCGUGCCUCUCCACGGCAAGCUCCCAGCCAAGGCCCGCGAAAAGAGCUUCGCCCGCUUCGUCAACGCCGUCUCCCCUUCCAUCCUCCUCUGCACCGACCUCGCCGCCCGCGGCCUCGACAUCCCCCAAGUCGACCUCGUUUGCCAGGUCGACCCCCCCUCCGACCCCAAAGUCUUCAUCCAUCGCGCCGGCCGCGCCGGCCGUGCGGGCCGUAAAGGACUCGCCGUGGUCUUCCUCCACCCGGGCCGCGAGGAAGACUACGUCCCCUUCCUCGAAAUCCGCAAGACCCCGAUCGAACCCCUCCCCAAACCCCACGUGUCCGUGACCGCCGAGGACGCCGAAGCCGCCACCGCCACCAUCCGCUCCAUCCUCCGCAGCGACCGCGCCUACCACGACAAGGCCCAGCGCGCCUUCGUGAGCUGGGUCCGCAGCUACGCCGCCCACCAGACCUCGUCCAUCUUCCGCAUCCAGGACCUCGACUGGGCCGACCUCGGCCGCGCCUGGGGCCUCCUCCGCCUCCCCACCAUGCCGGAGCUGCGGAGCUGGGACGGCGACCGCACCCUCGGCCUCGGCGAGACCGACUGGGACGCCUUCGCCUACAAGGACAAGGUCCGCGAGAAGGCUCGGCUGGAGGCCCUCGACGCCGAGCGCAAUGGCACCGCCGCCGCCGCCGCCGCCGACGGGAAAGAAGACGAAGAGCGCAAGAAGAGGAAGAGGCGGAACACCGAGGCUUGGAGCGACAAGCACGAGAGGGCGGAACUGCGGACCGUGCGCCGGGAGAAGAGGCACAAGCGCCGCGAGAAGGAGCGGGAGCAGAACAUGACUGAGGAGGAGAAGGUCAAGUCCAUGGAGUUGAAGGAGCUGAUCGAGGAGGUGAGACGGCGGAACCAGACCGAGAACGAGGACAAAAAGGAGGAUGAGUUUGACGGGUUUUGAU